GUUUCUUCAUCGCUCUCACGGUAAAGUGUGUGCAGCGGUAUCGCUAUAGGCAGGAUGGAGGCUCGCUCCACCAUAGGGGAGAGCACGGACGCGAUUAUCACGGAAGAUUCUCCUUCAGAUGAAAGAGAAAUACGAGACAUUUCGCAAAGUGGCGUCCCGGGCCGGUCCCUGGGCCCUCCUGGGGGGGUGUACGGCGGGGGAUGCCAGCGGACGGCGGUCCCGUCUGACGGGGGACGGAGGGGCAGCUGUGGCAGCCCGGCCUCCUCCUCCUCCACCUCCUUCCAGCUCUACCACCAGGACCCCCCGGGCAUGGCCUACCACCUGGCCCAGCCCCGCCGCUGCUCCUGCCCAGGACCAGUCCCCAGCCCCGGGCAGGGUGCCCACCCAGACCCCCCGGGGCCCCGGGGAGACGGCCCUGCGGGGGGGACGGGGGCGGGACAGAGCUCCAGCUCGGCCAAUCAGGCGUCGCGGGGGCAGGACGCGUCAGGAUGUCCCUACCAGCACGGGGGUCACAGCGGGGGAGCCCACCAGGGGGCGCAGCGCCACGUGGUGACGGUCCGCCUCUCCCAGCUGGUCUUGGACUACCCGCUGGGCGUGAUGCUGGGCUGCGCCCUGGUCCUACUGGGGGGCUCCCUGGCCGGCCUGCUGAUCGGACCACUGCCCGACUUCUCUGAACCACUACUGGGCUUCGAGCCUCGAGGGACGGCGAUCGGUGUCCGUCAGGCCAGCCUGGACCUGCUGCAGCAGAACACCGGGCCAGGGAAGCUCCUGUCUUAUGUUCCCUGGCAAGCCCGAGACAGGACAACGAUGAGUGCCGGCCAGGCCCCCCCCAGGCAGCGCCCCAGGAGGAUGUUAAACAGAGACUCGUCUCCGGAGACGUUCCUGUGUGACGCCCCAGGCGAGCGGUUUGCCCAGCUGGUGUUCCGCUCGGGGAACUCAGCCAGUCUGUGGAGCCUGAAGGCCAUCCACUCCAUGUGUGAGAUGGAGCAAGCCAUGAUCCGCUCCCAGGCCGGUUUCCAGGACCUGUGCCAGCAACAUGUGAGGGGAGAUCCUGGGGAGACGGUUUCAAGAGGGGGCUGUUGUCCCAGUUGGUCCCUGGGCAACUACCUGGCGGUCCAUGCCAACGCCUCCUCAUGCCUCAGUCUCACCUCGCACCAGGUGUCUGAGUCCCUGGGCCUUCUGCGGUUCUGCGCUCCCUUCUACCACAACGGCCAGCUGGUGGAGGCCUGCGUGCGGACGCCCGGACACGCUGCCUGCCCCUCGGUUCCUUCGCGCUGCAGACAGACGCGUGUGGUCUUCCACAUCCUGCACUACCUGGUGGACAAAGACUUUGUGGGCCCGGAGACGGUGGAAUACCAAGUCCCGUCACUGAAGUACAGCCUCCUGAUCCUCCCUGUGGAGAAGGGGGACGACGUGUUGGAUAUCUACCUGAACAGCCUCGAGGGACGGGAGCUGACCUAUAACAACACGACCAUCACUGGCAUGGACCUCGGUAUCAAGGAGACCUUGUUCAAGUAUUACCUGGCCAGGGAUUCUGUGUAUCCUGUGCUGGCCGUCGUCUCUCUGUUUUUUACCAUGGCUGUGUACCUCAAAUCCAUCUUCAUAUCAGUGUUGUCUCUGCUCGCCAUCACCGGUUCCCUCCUCACGUCCUAUUUGAUCUACAAGGUUGUGUUCCGUCUGACGUUCUUCCCUCUGCUCAACCUGUCAGCGGCCCUCAUUCUCCUCGGCAGCUGCUCCAAUCACGUCUUCACCUUCUCUGACUUCUGGAACCUGCAGCUGUCGCAGUACCCCUCCGCCCCCCUGGAGAAGAGGGUGCGUCGGGUCAUGCAGGAAGUGGGCUACCUGGUCUUUGCCUCAGGCUUGUCCUCCAGCGUUGCGUUCUUCUCCGGCUAUCUCAGCAGCAUCACCGCCAUCCGCUGUUUCUCCGUUUACCUCGGGACCGCCUCCCUGAUCUGCUCCAUGUCUGCCAUCGUGUGGCUGCCCUGCUGCUUCGUCCUGCGCGAACGCUACACCGUAGCCUCCUCCUCCUCCUCCGCGGCCCUCCAGAGAUGGAAGCCCUGCUGUGCCAAAAACCAAGGAGGCUUCUGGGACACUAGCUCACGGAAGCGAUGCCUCUUCACCAUAGUGCAAAGGUUAAGGGGGCUCAACAGAGGGCUCAACGACACGGCCAGCCUGCUGUUUCUGAAGAUACUGCCGUGUGGCGUGGUCAAGUUCAGGUACAUCUGGAUGUGCUGGUUCGCGGUCCUGGCCGUCGGCGGGACGUACAUCUCCUGUGUGGAUCCCGGUAUGAGGCUGCCUACGCUAGACACCGGCUCCACUCAGCUCUUCCGCUCCAGCCACCCGUUCGAGAGGUUUGACGCAGAGUACCGCAACAUGUUCAUGUUUGAGAGGCAGAAUAAUGGGGAAGAUAAGCCCGUCACUGUGAUGCUGGUCUGGGGGGUCAGCCCAACGGAUAACGGGGACCAUUUCAAUCCGAGGAGCAACGGCUCUUUGGUCCUUGACCCGAACUUCAACAUGAGCAGCCCGGAGUCUCAGGUCUGGUUGAGUGAUUUGUGCGGCAGGAUUCAGAACCAAACGUUCUAUUUUCAGCUAACAUCUGGAGAUAGAGACACAAUGCCGGAAAACAUCUGUUUUGUGGAGCAGUUGACGCGCUGGGUGUCUGCUAGACGUUGCCCAGAGAGUCACGAUGACGGCCAGCGGGUUUGUUGUCAGGAUAUGCAGUUCCCCUACCCAUCCGGUGCCUUCGAGCAGUGCCUCCGGAUGAUGCUGGCAGAGAGGCACGCUGAGGGCCAUCUGGCCCGCGGCGAUGGCCUGUACUUCCAAGCAGAUGGCAGCAUCGCCGCGCUCGUAUUGGCGUUCAAAACCACAUACUUAUACAGCUUCAACUACAGCAAGACAAGCCACUUUCACAGAGAGAUAUCGACGUGGUUCUCAAAGGAAGUGUCAGGUGCCCCCCAGGGACUGGAAGACGGCUGGUUCAUCAGUCCGCUGUCCCUCUUUGACCUGCAGCAAGCACUGAGCUCUGAGACCCUCGUGGUAGCCGGCUUCUCAAUAGCCCUUACCUUCACUUGCCUUCUCUUGACUACCUGGAACAUUUUGCUGAGCAUCUACGGCACCAUGGCUGUGGGGGGCUGCGUGUUUGUCACCGUUGGACUGCUGGUCUUGCUGGAAUGGCAGCUGAGCGGCAUCGAGGCUCUGCUUAUUUCCACCGCCGCAGGGCUGUCGGUAGACUUUAUUGCCAACUACUGCAUUUCCUAUAACUCGGCCCCGCACACGGACCGGAUAGGGAGGGUGGCCCACGCCACCAAGCGGAUGGGCUGUCCCGUGGCGAUAGGCUCUGGCGCCUUCUGCUGCGUGGGGAUCAUCAUGUUGCCGGCCACCGCCUUGCUGUUCAGGAAGUUAGGAAUUUUCCUCUUUCUCGUAAAAUGUGUCGCAUGUGGAUUUGCGACAUUCUUCUUCCAGUCGCUGUGCUGUUUCUUCGGGCCUCAGAAGGACUUUGGUAAGACCAUGCUGCCCUGUUUGACGGAGCAGACGGCAGACAGGGUGCUGUCCUCCUGCUCGGCCACAGAACCCGGUACCGGGUCGGCAUCGGCGGCCAACGGGGCGUUCUGCAGGCCCAGACCCAGGAAGGACUACGAGUACAACAACCACCACCAGCAGCGCCAGCAGAGGGAUGAACAGCCCGGAGGCGGAGGUGGUGGGCGUGGUCCUGAGCAGUAUGAGCUUCAGCCGUUGGCUUGCCGUCUGAGUGACAGCUUUGAGAACAGCACGUGUACCAGUAAGCUCUCCAACCGGCCCUCUGUGCUCUCGGAUGAGAUCGAGGACUGCAGGAGGGACAUGGAGCGGGACCGGACGGAGGCAGAGAGCGAGGAGCUGUGUAGUCACCAGCACAGGGUGUGCCAUCCGCCUCAAGCCCUUCAGACGUCCUCCCCCUAUAAGGAGGGUGCUCUGCGACCGGCGACCCAACCACAGGGAGACGCCGCCACGGAGAUACUCCUCUGUAAGACGUGCAGAGGCCAGACCGGAGGGGCGAAGCUCUGGAGGGGGGAGACCUUCUCCUCUUCCUCCAGCAUGGAGGAGACGGCCAUCAGCCAGACCCUGGAGACCGUCGACCAGCUUUCGCUCUGUAAAGAGGGACACUCAGCUGAAGACCAGCUCCAUCAGCACUCGGGCUCAGAGCUCCUCCACCGGUCCCAGAGCUCCUGCGACGCUCCGGAGGACCCCAUGGAGACGUGUCGGAAUGAUACUGAGCCGGGAGCCUCCAACACUCAGCAGGCAGAGGAGGAGGAGGAGCAGUUACAGCCCGGACACCUCAACGGGAAGAGGGACACCCUGAGGCUCUCCCUGAAGGAGACCGUUUACGAGACCUCCUCAGGCGGCAGCGGGAAGGGCCGGACGGGGCAGAGCGAGGAGGUGGUGAUCAUACCCAACAGUAAGCCAGACCUGCCCGACGUGUGGCUCAAGAGGGACGGCCAGAGAGAACUCGCCGACUACAGCUGA